UCUUGACUAUUCGUUUUUAUUAUAAAGUCUAAUAUAUUCGUUUAUGUUUUAUCAAUAAUGUAUAAGGGACAUAACACUUUAUAGUUAUGGAAUAUUUUUAACUUCAGGUUCGAGAUUGAUUUGAAAUCGAAGCAGUUUUUUGAACAAAACAUACUUACAUUUUUUUGGAUGGAGUGUGCGUAUGUUUUAUCUGUGCAAUCAAUAUGAAAAUUAUUCUGCUACUAUCAACAUUAUUUAACAUAACAAUCGCCAGAAGGAUAUCAUGCCACGCCUGCUUGAAUUCCAUUUGCUACAAACGUGCAACCAUUUUAAAAGGACACAAAUUCUCCGGUCAACUAGCAAUAGAUAGAAAUAGCAAUGUCCUUUAUUUUCAUUAUCAAAAUAAUCGUUCGAGAGACUUCACUGGAGCAUUUGACUUGGACAAAGUUAAAUUUAGUUUUGUACCCAACCUUGGAUUUACAUUUGGCCACGCCGUCGACCAAUCCACGAAGGAUCUUUACGCGUCAGGAACCAAAGGAAUAUACAAGUACAAUCCUAAAGAAAAUAAAACCGAAUUGUUCGCGUUAAAAGAAAAAACAAUAUGGCACAUGCAGUUCGAUGAUAAAUUAUACUACACGGAAUUUCAAAAGAAAGGUUUAUACACUUAUAUAAAUAAGAAUUCUAAAAUUAUUCCCGAGUUAUCUGAACACCAAAUCGAUGAUUUUAUUGUUGAUAAAAAAGGCGAUAUUUAUUUUAUGAGCAAUUAUACAAUUCACGUGUUUAGAAAAGGCGCGAAAAGUCCAGUACUGUUUGAAGAUGAAAUAUAUUCGCUGACCACAGAUAAAGAUGGCAAUGCAUACUUUAUUCAGCCAUACACGAGAGGCAUUUAUAACGUUAACUACAGAAGUAAAAAGUUGAAUGAAGUUGGUGCGUUUGGUAAAGCUUCAGCGUUCAAAUUAGUAUUUGACGGAGACAACCAUAUAAUUUAUUAUGAUGUGACAAAUAAAAAUUUGUUUUAUCUGUCGCCCACGUUGAAUAUUUGUAGUGUUGGGACGAGAGGUAAACAUCGUAAAAUGUUUAUAGCGACUACGUCUCGGAGUUACAAAAAUCAUAAAAAAAAUAAUUUGUCAAGCAUCAAAAAUAUUACUGAAAUAAUAUAAAUGAUAAGAAAUCAUGACGACUUGGCUUAUGGCUAUUUAUGUUGGAAUAAAUUUAAGGAGAUCGUU